AUGAACGAAGAGGCUGUCCCGACGUUGGACGACACGGCAUACGAAACAAAGACUUUCGGCCUGACGAAUACAAAUUCGAGAAUUUUCAGAAACAAAGAAUCGGACGACAGUGGAAAUGGCGUGGAGAAGCAAGUUAAGGAUAACUUAAAAAAGCCUUGUGCAAUUGUGGUACUCUCUAACGCGCAAAAUCCAAACAUGCAUUCGUUGCUGCGGAAGUAUAGAUACGACGCAAAAGGUGUCCUCAUUCCGAGCAGCGUUAAAUACUUCGUCAAACUGCCGAACGGGGAGCAAUCCUCUACAGUCCUGGUGCCGCUCCAUGAUAAAGCUUUCUCACCUCUCGGUGGCUUCGUAAGGUAUUACAAAGAAGUGCCACCAAUACCACAGUCAUGG